AUGCAAGUGAUCAGUCUCGGGCUGCUACUCUCCGGCGCGCUGAUCACUUACAAAAUCUUCAUGCUAAUCUCUAAUUCCGAAAGUCCUAUUGUCGUCGUGCUGAGCGGUAGCAUGGAACCCGGGGUGCACCGGGGUGAUUUGCUGCUCCUCACCAACUACAUCGAGCGAGAUCGGCUAGUUUCUGGCGACAUUGUUGUAUACAAGCUACCCGAGCGCAACAUCCCGAUCGUGCAUCGCAUCAUCAAGAUCCAUGAAGACAAAAACCUGGACGUCGACAUCUUGUCCAAGGGCGAUAAUAAUAUCCCUGACGACCGCGAACUCUACGGGCGCGGGCGACGGUGGCUGCAGAGGCCAAACAUUGCGGGGAGAGCGUUUGCGUUUCUGCCAUACGCGGGCAUGCUCACUAUCAUUAUGAACGAUUACCCGCAGCUCAAGUACGUCCUGCUCGGGUGUCUUUCUGGACUAGCGCUGAUUGGAGGGGAAUGAGGCGGGCAGAUCAGAUCGUAUGUGCGCCAUGCUCCACCCAUCGCAAGCGAACUUUUGCCAAGAGCGGACGUAUUUUGACUGCAUGGCUCCUCGAACAAAAGAAUCGACGUCCCGUGUUGGAUGAAAGCGAUACCCAAUCACCCCGUAUAUGUGUAAUAAGACAACCAAACCCUCCCACGCACUAGCGCUACACCAUAAAACAAUUACUCCCUA